GCGGGGCGGCGCAUGCGCGGUGGGUGGCGGCCGGGCCGCCGGGAGCUGGGCCGCCUGCCGCGCCGAGCGCCCCCGGCCCGCAGCCCGCGGCCGCCGGCUCCAUCCGUUUCCCCUCUCUCCAGGAUGAGAGAGGUUUGGGUUCGGCUUUUCCCCUCUCCCGGUAGUUGAUAGUUUCGGAACCAGAGGUGAUGCUGGAGUCGAGAUGGCAGACAGCGUGAAAACCUUCCUUCAUGACCUCGUCAGGGGAAUUAAGGACUCCAUCUGGGGCAUCUGCACCAUCUCGAAGCUGGACGCCCGCAUCCAGCAGAAAAGGGAAGAGCAGAAGCGAAGGCGAGCAAACAGCGCGCUGGCCCAGCGGAGGUUCCACAUGGAAGAGAAGAAGCAAGAGAACGAGCCCCGCAUAGUGAGCCGGAUAUUUCAGUGCUGUGCCUGGAACGGAGGCGUCUUCUGGCUUAGUCUCUUCUUGUUCUACCGCGUAUUUAUCCCCGUCCUGCAGUCGGUGACGGCACAGAUCAUCGGCGACCCUUCCUUGCACGGUGACGUCUGGGCUUGGCUGGAGUUCAUCCUCACCUCCAUCUUCAGCGCCCUCUGGGUCCUGCCCCUCUUCGUCCUCAGUAAGGUGGUCAACGCCAUCUGGUUCCAGGACAUCGCGGAUCUGGCGUUCGAGGUGUCGGGCAGGAAACCUCACCCCUUCCCCAGCGUCAGCAAGAUCAUCGCUGACAUGUUAUUCAACCUCCUGCUGCAGGCCCUUUUCCUCAUCCAGGGGAUGAUCGUGAGCCUCUUCCCCAUUGACCUGGUGGGCCAGCUGGUCAGCCUCCUCCACAUGUCCCUGCUCUACUCCCUCUACUGCUUCGAGUACCGCUGGUUUAACAAAGGCAUCGAGAUGCACCAACGGUUGUCCAACAUCGAGAGGAACUGGCCCUACUACUUCGGCUUCGGCUUGCCGCUGGCUUUCCUCACGGCGAUGCAGUCCUCUUACAUCAUCAGCGGUUGCCUCUUCUCCAUCCUUUUCCCUCUCUUCAUCAUCAGCGCCAACGAAGCCAGGACCCCCAGCAAAACCUACCACUUCCAGCUCCGGCUCUUCUCCCUGGUGGUUUUCCUCAGCAACAGACUCUUUCACAAGACCGUUUACCUUCAGUCCGCCCUCGGGGGGGCUUCCUCAUCCUCAUCCUCCUCCUCCUCCGACCGGCUCCUCUCCCCGCAGCCCUCUCCGGCCAAACACGCGGCUUCUCCGGGCCACUGAGCGCCCCCCCUGCCCACCCGCCGCCGCCGCCGCGGGAGGAGACGCGUGGGACCCCGGUGCCGGUUCUGCCCCUCCCCUCGCUGCCACGGAAAAAAAAAACACGGGAAGGGUUUUUUGGG